CUAGAGCGAAACGCACGUGUUAGGAUAAAAAACUAAGAAAAAAUUAACUCAGAGCUUUGUAAUACAUUUUCAAUCGAAAACGAAGUUACUGGAUUAUAAUAUUUACUGGAUUAUAACGAAGCUGAAAUUGACAACCCAACAAACCGCAUUCGACAGUUUGAGUCUACCAAUUUGAGAUUCUUAGAGAAACAGUUCCCGCAACACAGGAAUCGUCAAACUCGCAUCACGGAAAUGGUUGCAGUCACAUUAUACCUCGCAGUGGCCGUUGUCACCUUAUUGGUCAUCUAUAUCAAAUACUUCGGUAGAAAAAGAAAAGAGGGUGAGCCGCCAAUUGUUCCUGGACACUUUUUGUUUGGCAACGGAAAGGCAUUCUCGCAGAAUGCAGUGGAAUUCAUACACAAGUCUACAGCGCGAUUUGGAAAAGUGUUCACAAUCCGUCUUUUAAACCAACACGUUACAAUCAUAAACGAUCCUCAUUCUUACGAACAAGUUUGCAAGGAAAGGAACUUUGACUUUGAUGCGAUACAAAAGCAAGUGAACAACAAUGUUUUCAGUUUCAAACUCCAUGAUUCCAAGAAAAUGAUAAAGGAGGCUUCUAAGAAGGUCAAGGGCCAGUACUUAUACGCCAACAUGCAAUCGUUCGCCCACCACUUACAGGAGGCAUUCGAUGCCAGCACGGAAUCGACGCCUGCUGAGAAUGGGUGGUGCAAAGACCGUCUUCGAGCGAUGUCAUCAAAGACCAUGUUCAGAGCAAUCUUCCGCACCAUUUUCGGCAAGGAGAAGCCUGAUGAUGUGUUCGAGCCAAUGACCGUCUACAAAAAUUUCGAUUUGUUCCACAAGUACUUCAAUUUUCUCUGGCUCGGACUGCCAAUCAAGCUUUUCCCGAAGGCGUGUCGCGCCUUGGAGAUGCUGGUACAGAUGCCAACAUCCAACGACAUCAUCAACAGGGACGACGUCUCGGACUACAUUCGCUACUCCACACAGUUCAUGAAGGCACACGGACAGACCGAGGCUGAUAUUAUUGGACACAAUCUCGUCUUCUUGCACGUCAACUACAACACCUUCCGCGUGUCUUACUGGCUUAUCUACUACCUUACUCAGCAUCCAGAGGCUAUUGAAGCCCUCGUAGCCGAGAUUGACGAUACAGUCCGUGUGAAAUCCGAAACCUGCGACGAUGAAAGCGACAUUGAGCUCUCUAUUCAAGAUCUGGACCGUCUGCCCGUUUUAAACAGUAUCCUGAACGAAACUAUUCGUUACACAAGCGGCGUGUUGAUGGUACGAGCAAUCACUGAAGAUACCGCGUUCACGAUGGAGGACGGAAGCGUCCAUAAUCUGAGGGCAGGGGACAGAGUUGCCAUGUACCCGCCAGCAAUCCACAACGACCCCGAGGUGUUCGAAAAUCCUGAAGAGUUUAAAUAUGACAGAUUUAUCGAUGCCAAAUUUUAUAAGGAUGAAAAGGAGAUUCGAAACCCACUCCUCGCAUUCGGUUCUCUGUGUCCCGGCAAGAGACUGGCCAUGACGCAAGCAAAAUGGUUUAUUUUCAAUCUCGCUCACCAAUUUGACUUUCAAACCGAAGAAGGGCAAACCUGUUGUCCAGAUGUGAAAUACUACGGUCAUGAAAUCUUACCACCCACCAAUGACGUUGAUGUCCUCUACAGACGGAGAGAGAAUCGCCGCAGAAUUGAGUUCGUUCACGACCGGUUUGUAACAUUCCAUUGUGUUCUUGUCGAAGUAAAUCCCUACAGAAACUUACAAAGUUAUGUUUUGUGAUCCUUAAAAGACAUGACAUUGUUUUCGCCAAAAUAUGUGCAUUGUGUUACUGUUCUUUCAUUUCCACAUAUAUUUUUGUAUACGUUUUUGCAGUGCCUAGUUGUUUUUAAUUUGGCAUGUAUUCUUGUUUUAUAUUAUAAAUAUGUAAGCGAGAUAUUGUAAAUGUGCUUAAGAAAGAAUGUGUUUAGAAAAUGUGAAUGUCAGUAUUUAAGUAUAAAUGCGUAUUUGAGUGUUCGUAUGUAAUAUAGCAUGUCAGCAUCAAUCACUGUUAAAUGUAAAACGGGUAACGUGCAUAUAUGUAAAUAGUUUUGUUAUAAGUGAUACAACUAAUACUGCAUAUACUUUAACCCAUUUAUGCCUAGUGUCCUGAAAAAAGGACAUUGCAAACAGCGUAGACCCAGAUGAGACGCCGCAUGAUGCGGCGUCUCAUCUGGGUCUGCGCUGUUUGCUGAAAGGAUUUUCAGUAAUAAAUAUUCUAAAUAUAGAAAUAAGUAUACUAGACAUCCCUAAUUUUAGAAAUAAAUUGAUCCAAUUUAGAUGGAUGGGAGAGUCCACUAGGCAUAAAUGGGUUAAAAAAAAAAGAUAAACGCGAAACAAGCUCAGAAAGACUUUUUGUAUGAUUUAAGGAUUGUUAUGAAAGUAUAACAUUGAACGUGUUAUGCAUAUUCUAUUUGUAUUUUGGCAUUUAAACUUGUUCAGAUAUGAUGUUCAUACAUAUGUAAGUGCUAUGGUAAUAUACAUUUUAUUUAUUGAUGUUCCAGCAGUUGUGAAAUAGUUAAAUUAUUUAUUAAGAGUUGUGUAAAGCCCUUCACACAUCAUUUUAUGUUCAAGAAAUUCACUCAUAUGUCCAAUCUUAAACACAUUAUCCAUCAUCAUUAAUUUAUCGUUUUCAUCAUUACCAUCGUCAUCAUCAUCAUCAUUAUCAUCGUCGUUGUCGUCGUCAUCAUCAUCAUCAUCAUCAUCAUCAUCAUCAUCAUCAUCAUCAUCUAUAAUUAUUUAAUUGUAUAAACCCCACAUUCACUUGUAAAUAGUCAUUAAAUAUUUAUUAAAUCGUUUACCAUUUACUAUUAUUGUGGAUAUUAAGUGAAAAGGACUCUCGCAUUGCUAUUAAAUUGAGUUGUUUUAGAAAUAAUUUCUUUAUGGUAAAUGACAAAUACCCAAUAAAAGUACUAUCAGUUUACUUGGGGGACCUCUUCAUAUACAUUGUUAUAUUGUAAUUAUUACAAAAUGUUUGUUGUGAAUAAUGUGUUUAUUUUAUUGCAAUUGUGUGAUGUUAACUAUUUAUUAUGUAGUGAAGAUAUUUCAGAUGUUAAGUAAACCCGUCACUGGUGCUUUGUCAAUGUGAAUAAAACAACUCCCUAUUUAAAAAUAAAUAUUAUUGAAAGUA